GGUGUACUUUUUCUCUGUUUUUUAAAUUGCGAUGUCUAGGAACUGAAAUGUGGUUGCAUUAUUCUUUGAAUGCGGUUUAGUUAUAAUUUCGUGAGGUUAAAUACAUUUCAUUUCAUUUUGUCAGAGCUGUUCUGAAAUGGAAUUCAGAUUAAAAAGAAUUGUUUUUUUUUUAUAAUUUUCUGAAUUAUAUGCAUAGAAUUUAUUGAAAACAAUGUUGAUAUAAAAAUCAUCCAUUUGAGGACUGAGAAAUUUAAUAUGAGAAGAGUUAUUCUGGAAAGAGUAGAAUGAUCCUACUUUUUCUUUGCACUUUGAAGGAAGCAGUAUAUGAUGUGGAAUAAACUGUCUUUGGUACAAGUACUGUGUAUGCAUUUCAUUUCUCCAUUGAUAAACCCUCAUCUAACGUCACAGCUACAGAGAAAUGAAUGCCAGUUGUUUCAGCAGAUUCAAAUAAACUUUAACCAAUGAGCACAAUUUUGCCAAAUUCACUUUAUCAGUUCUUCAUGCAGAAGCAUAUUUAAAAGUAUAUGUGCAAGCUGGCUGUGGCAUAGCAUCACUUCCUGCAAAUUCUAGGGAUUUGUGCUUGAUAAUGAAGCGUAAAAAAAGCCCAUUACAGCACCGCAGAGGUGGCACUUCAACUGACAGUAGUGACUCAUCCAAACUGAACACUCAGCAGACAGGCAAUGUAAUGAUGUCUAGUCCAGCUGUUCUCCAUCCACCUACAUUUCAUGUCACUGCUUCACCCUCAUUAUUGGCUGCUGCUUCUCAUCCUGCUGUUAAUAAUUCUGGUGAUGAGUGGGGAAAUGUUGAAGACACUGCAGAAGCAGAAGCUGCUGCAUCUAGUGGAAGUUUGCCAUCUUUGGGUAGUAAUGAAGCAAUUCAUUUUUGUGGAUUGGAUGAAAUUGACUGUGGUUCACCGCACACUCCAGAUUUACAGAGAACUAAAGCAGCUAUAGAACACAUACAACAGAAAAUUUUUCGCACCAAAGAACUUAUAAAAGCUGAACAGACUGCAAGAGAUGAAAAUGUUAAUGAAUACUUAAAACUUGCUACAAAUGCCGACAAGCAACAACUUCAAAGAAUUAAAAGUGUUUUUGAAAAGAAAAAUCAGAAGUCUGCUCAGCUUAUUACUCAACUACAGAAGAAACUGGAAAAUUACAACAAAAGAAUUCGAGAGUUAGAAACACAUGGUUUACCUCGGGGAGUUUUGAGAGACAUGGGUCAGGGUCUAAAGGAUGUUGGAGCAAAUAUUAAAGGAGGGAUAUCUGGUCUUUCUGGGGGAGUGGUUGGCAGUUUGAAAGGAGGACGUUUAGGUCGCACUUCUGUUGGUCAUAGUACUGCUACUGAUGUGGCAUAAGUGCAAAAUUAUUGAUGAUUAGUAAUAAAAAGAAAAGAAAAAAAAAAAAGAUUGAUUCUUCUUUCAUUUCUUCUGUAAAGUAUUUAGUUAUCUACUGCAGUGUAUUAUUGUAAUAUUUGGAAAGAAUAAAGACAUAUUACAUUCAUGUUGUCUAUUAAUGCUGAAGAAAUAAGCUCUGUAAUAUGACAAGUUUAAGAGGCAGGAGUAGAAAAAACUUUCAGAAAUUAUUUGCUUGAAAGAGUUAAGAUUUAUGUACACUGCUCAAAAAAAAAAAAAAAAAAAAAAAAAA